UUUUCCUUCUUUUCAUUUGGAACAGCUCGUACUUGUGAUCAACCAUUUGGCAGCCAGCCACAGCAAUUUUCUUAGUAGUGAAGGAGAACGGCCGACGAACGGGAGUUGCACCAACAGCAGCAGCAGCCACUGGAUAAUACACUUUUUCCUCCGUUGAACAUUUUUGAUACAAUCCCGCUGCCAAAAUGGCCCUGAGCGACGCAGAUGUCCAGAAGCAGAUCAAGCACAUGAUGGCCUUCAUCGAGCAGGAGGCCAACGAAAAGGCGGAAGAAAUCGACGCCAAGGCCGAGGAGGAGUUCAACAUCGAGAAGGGUCGUCUGGUGCAGCAGCAGCGUCUGAAGAUCAUGGAGUACUACGAGAAGAAGGAGAAACAGGUCGAGCUGCAGAAGAAGAUCCAAUCUUCGAACAUGUUGAACCAGGCCCGUCUGAAGGUGCUCAAGGUUCGCGAAGAUCACGUUGGCAGCGUGCUCGAGGAAUGCAGACGUCGGCUGGGAGAGGUCACCCGCGACCCAGCUCGCUACGGUGAGAUUCUCUCCGCUCUCAUCACUCAGGGACUGCUGCAGCUCAUGGAAGCCAAUGUGGUCGUGCGUGGUCGCCAGGCUGAUGCCCAGCUGAUCCAGAACAUCCUUCCGUCGGCUGUGGAGGCUUACAAGAGCACCUCCGGCAAGGAUGUGGUCGUCACUCUAGACACCGACUUCUAUUUGCCAGCCGAUGCCACGGGAGGAGUUGAACUUGUUACGCAGUCGUCUCGCAUCAAGGUCUCCAACACCCUGGAGUCCCGGUUGGAGCUGAUCGCCCAGCAGCUGAUACCGGAGAUCCGUAACGCUCUGUUCGGUCGUAACCUGAACCGCAAGUUCACCGACUAAGCGGAGCUGGCAGCAGCAGUUUUACUUUUGCUUCACCUACAACACACACAAAACUCCCGUUUAUUUUGCCUUUAUUUUCACCAUUGUUCCCUGUUGUCGAAGAAUUUCCAGCUAACCUACAAGGAAAAAGAAAACGAAAAAAAACAUGUUCAAAUUGUUCUCCAACCACCACUAUGUGACGUAGUGUAAGGUCAGUUCCACCAGACUUAAAGCUUACAGUUUGUGAAGUAGAUUUGAGUGACGAUCAAACUCGAGAACUGCACGGGAAGGUCGUUUACUUGUUCCCAAAAGUAUGUCACCUACUCAAAACCGUUUACUGUUGAUCGUCCCAGAGCACAUCUGCUGGGAUUUUUCGUAACUUUUAGGCGACCCCUCGAAAUGUUCAGAAAGUGUGAUUGUCAUUGUCUCCCCUGGUGCCGAUUUGUAGGUUUCUGUAAUUCUUGUAACUUUUUUGUUUUCAUGAGUUAUUUUUCCGAUUUACUUUUUCAUUCAAUUAGUUUGUAUACAUUUGUUAUCUUAUAAUCGGAUUUUUUUUGUUAGUGCUCUUAGGACAAGUUAAAAAUGUUGUUUAGUAAGGGUAUCAAUUACGGAAAUCGUGUUCGCAUAAACAGUUAUUGAAAAAAUUGACCGUUUUUAUAAUUAAAAUACUAUUUAGAGCAAAACCAAGGUGAAAACAUUCCUUCGUCAGGUUUAAAUUUGGCACGGUUGCAAUACAAACAGAUGAUUUCUUUAUUUCGAAGCAAGACUUCGGUUUGAUUAUGCUUCCAUUCUUCUAAUUCAGAAAUAAAAAACAGUAAAUUUAUUAAUUAUCUCGUCAUAUCGGUAGAUUUCAGCAAUUGACGAUAAUAGUUCAGUUUGGAUUGCCUUGCGCCGCAGCAUCUUGCUUCGCUUACACCAAAUUUCAAAAUCGGAUAGGUCAAAUACAAUCGCGAUAACAUAAUAUGAUAUUUGCUGAACGUUGAAGCAAUGGCAAUGGGUAUGAUAAUUGCACUAUUUUUUUCAAUUGCCGUUUAAAAGGAAAGAAGUGUGUGUGUCGAUUUAAGACCAUUCAAAACGUAUCGGUGUGCUUGUGUCGAACGAUAAGACCAUCUGUCAAAAAAAAGGAAGAGAAUUAAAGGAUGGAAAUGCACAAACAAUACAACCCAUGUGAUCAAACCGAUUCUUCUCAAAUGAUUUUGCAAUUUUUCUGCUCCUUUCUCGUUUUCUUCUAUACACAAAACCAAUAGAGAAAUCAGUAUUGUUUCAAUCAACGGCUUCUAUCUUUUUUUUCGGACUUGAAUUAAAAAAAAUAGAAGCAAACAAAGUUUUAAAUCAUGAAUUAAUUAGACUUACAUUAAGGUAAAACUAGCAUCAAGAAAAGUAUAUAAAAGAUAAUAUAAUAUAUAGAUAUUGUUGUAAUCGUAAUGAAUAUAAAUAUUAGUUAUAAUAUUGAACUUAAAAUUGAACAAAACAACACACUUGAUCAAUAAUACAUCAUUAAAGGAAAUAAACGUAGCUUAUCAACAGCUAAAGCUAUUCGAAACCGUAGUUUGGGGGAUGCUUUCCAAGACAAAAGUUUACAAACCAUACACUCAUUCAGAACCGAACAUUUCUUGUAUAACCGAACGUCGUCGGUCGUAUUAGAUUAUUUGAAAUUCUGUCACAGUAACACAAAUGUCUAUAGCAAGUAUGCCAACAAAAAAAAACGAAUCUGUAGAAUUGAAACUGUUGAUGGAACCGAACAAAAUUCGUAGUGAAAUGAAAACAACUAGAACCUAUAUUUUCCACACAUGCAAACACGACAAAACCAAUCAUCAUCUGAAAAAAAAAAAACAUAUUUAAUCGAGCUAUUGUAUGGAAGAAUGAACCAGCUGUGUAAAACUAUGUAACAGGACAAACAUCAAAAAAAUAAAGAAAAUCAGUGGUAUGGGAUGAAGAACCAAUUGCUGCGA